UAUCGCUUAGAUAAACGCUUAUGCGACACUUUAUAUGACAAUUUAAAUACAGCAACAACGUAUUCGCUGUUCUAGUAAUUGAAUGUUAAAAAGUUAAAUCUACAUGUAACGCUAGAAGAUGGAUAUUAAGGAUUCUGACGAACUUAAAGAAAUAUACUGCGAAUCGUGCUACAGAGAUGAACUUAAAGGCUCUUGUGCUGAUGGAUUCUGUGUGAACUGUGUAGAAUACUUAUGUGCAACGUGCAUAAGGUAUCAUAAGAAACAUUUAGCGGAUCAUGUUCUACAUAACAAAAGCAAUAUGCCCCAGGAAAUUUGCUAUGAACAUUGUGAACUACAUCCAAACGAACCGAUAAAAUUUUACUGCGAUUCAUGCGACGUUUUUGCUUGUUCAAGUUGCAAUGUCAAGAUGCAUAUUCGUCACGCUGUUCAGCCGUCGUAUCGUCUAUCUAGCGAGUUUGAAACAAGCGAAGAGUUUAAACUCUUGAAUGAACAGCUGAAUGAAGCAGAAAAAGAUGCAGCCAAUUUAAGGAGAAGAUUAGAAGCUAAUGCUAUCAGUUGUGCAGAGAGUAAACAAAAUUUGGAAACGUCCCUUGUUGAGCAGAAAGAUAAGCUUAUUGCAUCAUUUGACAUUUUCAAAACAGAUAUUAAUAGGUGUGUGGAUAAACUGGAAAAAGACAACGAAAAUAAGAUUCAGGCGCAGUUGAGGGACGUUUCUUUGAUUGAAUCGAAUAUAAUGUCUGUGAAAACAACAUUGAGAAAGGCCACUCAUGGCUACAAGCUUUUCAUGGAGACAAAAAAAUCGAAGCAGGUAAUGAAACCGUUGAGACUUAAAAUAGCUGACAUGAAGGGCUGUAUUGGUAUUACUGAAUACAGCUAUGAACCGCGUGAUGUAACACCGAAUGGACAAUUCGGUUUUAUAAAGAUAGACGGUCAGAAACAUUUUAUUUCUCCAGUAACAGCUGAAUCAGAUGUAAAAACAGCGACAGAAACACGUUUUUGUCAAGUUCUCAAUCGAAUACAAAAGCUGUUACUGAUUUUUGCUAUGCUUCUUUGGGCAUUUACUGUGCCUUAUGGUAUGCUGUUAUUGGUUAAGAUUCUGUUAUGUGCUGUGAUCAUCACUUCUCUUUUAUACUUCGGUUCGACUGAUUUGUCGUUUGUUGCAGUUUGUAAGUGUGUGAUAAAAUUUGUGUUUGAUGCAACAGCUGUUAUAUUUCUGCUUAUAAUUUCAGGUUUUUUGGUUAAUCAUAUUUAUAUAAACAGGUGGAAUUUAUACACUACUUAUACCGAAAUAUUUGAAAUGUCUUAAAAUAAGAUCAACCGUUAGAGUUAGAAAAAAGUCAAUGUUGUGAAAUCAUUCAAUUCGUAAAUUGUCGUUUUUUAGGCCUCAAUAGCUUUUUCUUGGCAACAUAAAUUCGUGGAUGUUAAAUUUUAGAUUUUUUUUGUAUUAAUGGUUACCUGCACGUGUCAUACAGCUCUGCUAUGGAUACCGAAUUGACAAUCUUCGUUGCGGUGGGCGGAGGGAUAAGCGAGUGAUUAUGCGCCAAGUCACGUCAGUGUUAUCUCGUAAUUACGAUCAAUAGUCAAAUUUUGAGACAAUCAAUACGAAAAUGUUGGCGCCAAUUUAAAGACACAUGUGAUAUGGUUUAGCAUUCAUGUUUGUAUUAUUAUCAAAGAGAUACGAUUUGUUUUGCGAAAAUGUGUUUUUUUCUUCAUGAAUACGUUUUUUUAAUUGUUGUCGCCCCAUUUACCUGCACGAUAAAAAGAGAGUAUCUAGCGUUUUUCAAGUUAAAAGUUCUUACAAAAUUCCUUUAAACAUCAUAUUUUUAAUUUAAACGUUCGCUAAUACGUACAUAUUUUGUUUGCUGUAAUAGUAUUGAGUUAUAGAUCCAUGAAAAAAUUACACCUCGCCCAGGGCUCGAACUCGCGACCCCGCGAUUCUGAGCUAAGCGGGCGGGCUAAUGAAGCAUUAGAACCCUAAAUGUAUGUACUUUAGCCAACCUUUCAAAUGUAACAAUUGUCAUCUUCCUAAUUUUGUUUUCGAGAUGUGAGGUCUAAAAAGUUUUAAAUAUACUACACUUAUAUUUGCUUAAGGAACAUUCACAAAAUGUUUGAUAGACUAAGUAUUAUUGUAGAAAUGCCAUCUUUCCAAAUCGUCUCCAGUUAUGUUAAUGAUUUUGAAAUCGAUAUUGAAAAGGCAUGUUGGUAUACCUGUAUAUACAUUUGAAUAUUUUCCCAACUCUAUAGGAGUUUGAUUAUUUUAUAAUCUGUUUAUAUUUGAUUACUCGUAUAUUCAUUUCUAUUUUAAUUUGAAUUUCUUAAAAUCUGUGCUUUUUGUUUGUGUAACAAUCUAAUUUACUUUGUAUUGACCUAAUUAAAAUAAAAUUAGUUAAACGUAAA